AUGUUGUCUGACUUGGUUCGCGAGCACAGCGAGGCAAAGGCCAGAGCCAAGGCCGAAGCUGCCGAGGCCAAGGCAAGUGCUUCACAGCACCUGCAGGAGCUCGCCGCCGCGGUCGUUGCAGACCUGAAUACAGAGGUAUCGCAGGUGUUUGCGAAUCAGCAGCACAUUGACAAGGAGAUCCAAGCCAUGCAAGCAGCCCUGGCCAAACAGAAACGCACGGCGGCAAAGUGGGCCACUUCUGUGAAGAAGUUCAACCAGGCCCUCAAGGAGAUUGGAGAUGUGGAGAAUUGGGCAGCAACGCUGGAGAACGACAUGCGGAAGGUUGUCGACGCCAUCCAAAUUGCAAAGCGAGGUAACAGCAGUCAACAAGCACAACAGCAAGCGCAUGCCCCAGCGGCUUCGGAGCAAGGAGCACAAGACCAGCAGGACGUGCCUGCAAGCACAGCAUGAGCAUGACUGCCCUCCAAGUGCGGUGCAGUGCUCGUUAAAUGCUGUGCAUGGUGUUGACGUAAUGCGUGUGCUGUUUACUAAAUGGCUCGAUUCACAACAACAACACCAAAAGCAACAUGACAACAAUGCAUGCAUGGCCUGUUAGACGUCACAACACACAAUCACACGCGGGGGGGGGGAAGCAACCAUUUUGUGUGUAUGGAGGCAUGUGUGAAUGAAGAUAUGUGCUUGUGUACUCACCCACAUCCUUCCACUUCUUCUUCUUCUCAUUCUCUCCUUAUCCUCUGCUCUGUCACUCCUCCCCAAACACCACCAACCAACCCACCAACCACCUCCCCAUGUGUGCCCUAAAUCUCGGACAUGUCGACAAACACGGCCUGGUCGGCGCCGCUCUCCUCCUCCGAUGACGACUCCCCGCCGGACGAUGUGUCCAGGUCGUACUCCUGCACCUGGAUGGG